AUUCAGCCACUAGCUCUAAUGCUCCUGUGUGUUUACUACUGUAUUUAGGAUAAGGAGACGGUCACGUAUAUAUGCUGCGAGGCGCCAGGCAGCAAAACUCUCGCUUUUAGUAGUUUUUCAAAGACACCCUUCAGGAAGCCAACAUGCCCAAAAGAAAGGGAGCCGAAGGUGACGCAAAGGAGGAGCCUCAGAGGAGAUCUGCACGGUUAUCUGCAAGGCCGGCUCCUCCCAAGCCUGAACCAAAACCAAAAAAGACAGCUAAGAAAGACAAAGCGGUUAAAGACAAGAAAGAGGACAAAAAGAGCAAGGCGAAGGCCAAGGAGUCCACAGAGCCAGAGGCCAAUGAGGAGAACCACUCAGAAAACGGAGAUGCCAAGGCUAAUGCGGUUGAGGAGACUCCUGAUGACGCCAAGGACGAAGCAAAAUCGGAGUAGCAUCACUGCCUCCCAUUGGCCCUCUCUUCCUUUCCACUUUCCCCUUGCCCCCCUUUUUUCUCUUUUUCCCCCCAAAACGCUCCCGGUCUCAUGUUAUUGCCCCUCUCUCUUCCAGGCAUAUUGUUAACAGAGGAAUAUUUUUAUCAAUGAUUUUAUAAGUAUCGAUACAGAUUUUUAGCACAAACUUAAAGCUAAACGCGGAGCACCUUGCAGAUUUGCAGUGGUCAUAUCAAGUGUCUGCGAGAUGAACACACUAAAAAAAAAAAAAAAAUCUUUUUUUUAAAUGGCAUUUCAUGAGUGUCGAUAGGUUGUUUGGUCUAGUAAGAGCAUACCUGCUUCUAAAGUUUUGAGUGUUGUCCUGUUUUCCACCCAUCCUUACCCCCCUUCUAUCUGAACUAUAUUACGAUAUGAUGAGUGAAUUUUAUUUUUUCUUUCUUUUAUUUUUUUUUUUACCUUGCGUACGUGCAGUGAGUCUCCUUCCUUUUGUUUCUUGUACUAGUUCUUUUUUUCUCAUUUCAAUGUAUUGUUCAUAAGACAGAGGAAUACCGAAGAAGAAAAAAAACAUCAGAAAACAUUCCGGGGCAGAGUUACAUGGGCUGAUUUAUUUCAACUUACCCUGCAGUUAAAAAAAAAUCAAAAAACAAAAACAUGGAAAAGAAUAUUUUGUUUAAAUUAAAAAGAAAAAAAAAUAAGAGCAGCUCAUCCAAGGCUAUGCUGUUAUACAAGAUUUUCUAAAUGAUGACAUUUUUUAGGAUGAAAUUCUAACCUUUAUUGAAGUGUGCAGGUGUCCAUGUAUCCUAUCUAAUGUUCUGGAUGUCUCUUAAUAAAGAAAAGCGUAGAAUUUUCCUCA